UCCGUAUCACCGCGGCGGCCGCAAUGGGAAGCCGCAGCUUCAGCGAGCCCGAAAGACUGAAGAACUGCAAGAGUUUCCAGGGAGCCUGUCUGCCGAAGAUCCGGAGCGCUCAGAUCUCCAAGGGAUGGGGUUCGGCUCCUGCAGGCGGCGAGAUCCAACGGCAGCAAACCAGACUCCCGGUCAGAAAGGAGAAGGAGAAAAGGCGAGAGAAGGACCGCAGGAUGGUGCAGAGCCAGUUCUCGAAGCCCGGCACCGGCAGUACCAGGCUGGACAGACCCACUGAGAACAUCUAUGAGCCCCGGCCGGCCAGGACCUUCUCAGCGGGGGAAGCCCGGGCUGCCAUUCGCACGGUGCUGGAGAGCAGGCUGAACGGUGCCAAGUACGAGCCCCGGAGCUCGGCACUGGCAGCCGUGGAACUGGCCGAGUGUGUGAAGAAGGCGGUGAAAGCCUUGGGUUACGAGAGGUACAAGAUCGUGUGCUACCUGGUGCUGGGGGCGACCAGAGCCUCCGGUCUCUCGUGUUCCAGCAGAGCCGUCUGGAGUCCAACCGUCGACACGUAUGCAGAAUUUUGCUUCCAAAACGAUUCACUCUUCGCUCUCUGCCUGGUGUUUGCUUUGUACCACGAAUAAUAUUCCACAAACUCUGAUCGAUCUAUGAACUCUGUUGAAAAGUUAGAGGAAAGUUUUACCAUCCGAAAACUGGGGGCAAAAAGGGGUUACAGUUCCAACCGGAGAUUUUCUCAGACCUGCGGCGUUUGAUGGACUCAUUUAUUCGACUUUCCUAUGGCCGCCUAUAAGCACAUAAAGCCAUCAGCAGGAGACUGGCUAUUGAAUAGACACAGAGGGAUUGCCUUAGAAAGAGCGAAGCUGUCUGCAACCAGGGUGUUAUCAAAGUCAAGUUUAUUAUCAUAUGCACAGGUGCAAUGAAAAACUUACUUGCAGCAGUAUCACAGACACAUAGCAUCUUAGCAGCAUUCACAAGAAAAACAUAAAUUAAACAAAUUGUAUACAAUUCUUACAAGAAAAAUAACACAAUUAGAACAAAAGAAAAACAAAGUUCAUUUUAGUGCAAAGUGAUCAGAGUGGUCAUAGUGUUGCUAAACGGUAGUGGUGAUUAGGGUUUUGCCGGUUGGUUCAAGAACCCAAUGGUUGAAGGGCAGUUGCUGUUCUUGAGCCUGGUGCUGUGGGACUUCAGGCUUCUGUACCUUCUGCCCGAUGAUAGCUGUGAGAAGAUGGCAUGGCCUGGAUGGUGGGGACCUUUGAUGAUGGAUGUCGCCUUUUUGAGGCAGCGCCUCCUGUAGAUACUGCGGAUAGUGGGGAGGGAUGUGCCUCUGAUGUAUUGGGCAGACUCCACUAUUCUCUGCAGCUUCUUGCAUUCCUGCACAUUUGAAUUGCUGUACCAGACCAUGAUGCAACCAGUCGGGAUACUUUCAACAGUACUAUGUAGAAGUUCAGCUGGGACCCAAAAAGAAACCACCGUUGCGUUUGACGUUUAUUAUUUCUGCAAUUUAAAUGUUCAUCUUUCGCAUUUAAGAGUUUAAUUCAUCUCAAUAUUUCAGUCUCUCAUAAAUUCAAGAUUUCUGCACACAAAAAAAACAAAAUGUUCAGUAAACAAGUCCACUUUUGAAUACCAGCACGAUACAUGUAUUUUUAAAUGUCCACGUGAAUCGCGUGAGUACAUGCUUCCUUGAAGAAAACUUGCAAAGGCCGUCGCUAUUUGAUUUGCUAUUUACAUUUUCCUCUUCAGAUCUGCCCAA